AAAUAUUUUUGGAAUAUUUUGAUUUUAAGUUGCAUUUUUUUACAUAUUUAAUGUUACGGACACUACAAAAUCUGCCUUCAAAUUUUGAUUUGAAAUUUCCAUUGUUUUCAAUAGCAUAUUUCCUUAUAUUUUUUCAUGGUAAAAGCAAUUUUUUUAUUGUGCAAUAUUGCAUCAUCUUUUAACUAUUGGAAAAUACCAAUAAAACGGCUGAUGCAACAAUAUUUGUGAUGAAUUAUUGCAUCAUCCAAAACAACCGCCUUUCUAAGAAAUACAACAGUCCAGCUGUAAUGAUGGAAUCAGCUAAGAAAAUGGCUUAUUUUGGGUAAUAGUCGGUCAGAUUCCAGCAAGAAGUCCUUUCAAAUGGAAAACACUAAAGGUGUUGGUUCCAGUGAUGCUCUAGAAGAGAGCCGAAAAUCAUCACUGCGAUCCCGGAAACUUGAAAAAAAUGCUGAAAUGAAUGCUGAAAAGAAUGAAGACAUAGAAAAGAAGCAAAAGGAGAAAAACAGGCUGAAAGUCAAGGCAUGGAGAAUGCGUCAGAAAACAGAAAACUCCACAAAAUAUUCUGAAAUCAAAAAGAAAGACACAGAAAGAAAGAAGGAAGCUCGAAUGAAAGUGAAACUCAUGGCCAAUUCAGAUCCUGAAUUAAAAGCCUCCUUAAGAAAGAAAAAAGCUGAAGAAAUGAAAAGAUACAGACAGAGAAAAAAGAUGAAAACAACAUGUUCUUCUGAAGAUCCUGGUGUUAAAAAGAGUAAGAAACCGGCUCUGGAAGAAAAAAAGAAAAAAGCUGUGAAGCGAACACAAGCCUGGAGAAUGCGAAUUAAACUUAAGUCUCCUACAAUUCCAAUUGUUAACACAGUUGAUGAAAAUGACAGUCAUGGAGAAAGCAGACAGAACAAAAGUAACUUAUCCCGUGCAACAAUAUACAGACGAGCGCAAAUGGUGAAAGGCAUUCUGCCUAGGACACCAAAGAAGAAAGCCGCCAUUUUAAAGAAGCUUAUUGAGUCACCUUCAACAUCCAAAGUACUUUCUGACCAAGGAGUAACAAUGACACCAGCUUGUAAGAAGAAACUUGAAGUAGCAGAUGCUAUAGUGAAUUCCUUGAAAGAAAGUAUUUCCGAAGUAAACAUUGGUGUUCGAAAAGACAGAGAAAAGAAACAUGCAUAUGAUGUAAUACGUGAAUCAGUACUAAGGAAAUACAAAAAGAUCACAGUUAGUAAAUAUUUCAAUGUGUCUUACAAGACAAGGAAGAUGAGAAAUGAAUGGUGGAAAAUGAAACAGAGAAAAACAAGAUGUGAUGUGAUAAGUGAUCAUGUGAAACAAUCAGUGAAAGAGUUCUACCUGGGUGCUGAAAUUAGCAGAGAGGUGCCAUCCAAACGUGAUGUUGUUAGAAUCAAAACUCAGCCUGGUAUGAAAGAAACACUACAGAAACAUGUGAUGACAAUGACACUAGAAGAAGCACACAAGUUAUACAAAACAAGAAACCCCAAUCAUAAAAUAGGACUUACAUCAUUCAGCAAACUAAAACCAGUUAAUGUAAAGAAAGUGUCCGAGACAAGCAGACGGUCAUGCCUGUGCCAGACUUGUUGUAAUGUAGCCCUGAAAGUAGAAGCACUUACAACAUUGAAACGAGUUGUAAAAGAGACUGACAUGACAGAAGACAUUAAGAUUGAUAAGAAGAGUCUGAGUGAUGCAACAUUCUGCAGCUAUGAACAAGAGCCAUCUUUAAAAUGUGUGUCAAGAAAUUGUGAAAAAUGUGGAGUACAAGGCCUUCAAAAGUAUUUGGCGACUAUGGAAGAAAAGAACAGAGAUGGGAUGGUGUCAUGGUAUCAAUGGGAAAGCAUUGAAAUAAAGAAAUAUGACAAAGUAAAGCGCUGCAUUUCUUGUGUGCCCAAAGAAGCUGAUUUCAAAGUGUUUUUGACAGCUUUAGAGAAAGACAUGAUGGUGUACCCAGAGCAUGCAUUUAGAGCAUCCUGGCAACAGAAACAAAUGGGUGUAUGUGUAGAGAAAUUAACAAAGGGAUCUGUAGCCAUGGUAAUGGAUUUCAGUGAGAACUAUGCAUGUGUCUUCCAAAGUGAAGUGCAGUCAGGGUUCUUUGAUAGAAACCAGGUAACUGUACAUCCAAUGAUGUGCUACUAUAAAGAAAGUCUUGAUGACAAAGAUGUUACAGUAAAACAUGCCAUCAUUGGAAUAAGUGAAGAAACCAAACAUGAUGCGGAUUUAGCAAUUGUCUUCGAGAAUCAAGCCAUUAAAUUACUAGAAAGCAGAGGGGUGAAGAUUGGUGAACUCCACGAGUGGACUGAUGGGUGUGCAGCCCAGUACAAGGGGAAAAAGGCGUUUGCUGAUAUCAGUCUCAGAAAGCAGCCCAAAAUGACUCGAAACUACUUUGAAACGUCUCAUGGAAAGAAUGUCUGUGAUGGGUUGGGUGCAACUGUAAAGAAUGCUUGUUAUCGUGCUGUAAUAAGUAACAGGAAAGUUCUUGACAUAGUUAAUAAGUGGGAGAAAAGAAACCUUGAUGUUAUUAGUAAAGUCCAAGAAAAACUAAAUGUAAAGAAGAAACAACCAUCUAACAAGGAGCAGCCUAAAGCAACCUGCAAAGAACAAACAAAAGGACAGAAACAAAUAACUUUGAAAAGAAAAUCGGAGACCAAGCAACCAAAAGCCAAGAGGAGAAAAAUAGAAGAGACAGCAGCAACAACAUCCCAACAAGAUACAGCCUUUCAACCUGGUGAUUUUGUUACCGUUGGGCUCAAACCGAGAAAAGGACCCAUAAGUGUUUACGUUGCUGAAAUUACAAGUAAAUCUGAAACAGAAUAUGGGCUUAAAUAUAUGAAGAAAGCUGGAAACGCAUAUGUGUGGCCUGAGAAGUCAGACGUUUCUCAGGAGCCAACAGAACAUUUCAUUUCAAAGCUAGAAGCUCCUGAACUUGUCAAUGAAAGAGGUCAUUUUAAAUUCAAUACACAGGAACUCAGCAAAGUUAAAGUUAAUCUGUUGAAAAUACACAAACAUGUGUAUUUCAAAUAGAAAAUGUUGAGCAUGUGUUGGUUCUUACAAUGUGUAGAGUCCGUAACCGUAGUGCAGUCUAUUUCUAUCUCAUACAAAAAAUAUGUUCUAUUGAUAUAAACAGCAGAAACUGACUAUACUUGAUAGGAAAAGUGUUUAUUUUAGAAAAACAAUGUGCUUGGGGCACUUGGUUCUACAAACUUUAAAAGUUACAGUUAAAGUUGUGUGAUCAUUUUUGUCAAUUUUUAGAGUUCAUCGCAACUGGGAUGAAAUAUGUUUUUUUUUAUGCUUAUCUCAAGCAGAGAUUUUAUGCAUUUGUUUGUUAACAUUCUAAUUGUUAGUUUUCUGUGUUAACCUGAAUAAUACAGACUUGUUUCCAUUAAAAUCUUUGUUGUUAUAUGCCUGUUGUAGUGUCUGUAACCUUACACUGACCUGUAUGUAAAAGUCGCCAAAAAAAUUAAUUUAUAAAAGCGACUGUAGGAAAACAAAUAUC